ACUUGAGCUUUCCUGAACCAUUCUCCCAUUACAUUGGAUCACAAUCAUAUCGUAUUUUCUCAUAAACAGUCGGAAGUUUGAAAGUUCAAACUCUAAGGAGAGAGAGAUGAAUAUCUGCAUGGAAGUUCACUCCCCCCUUAUGUUUACCAAUUUCAUGGGUACUCCAGUUAUUAGUCCCCUUUCCGUUGAUUUCAAAAUGAAGUCAAGAAAGUUACAGCCUUUAAGAAUCUUCUGUGACCAUUCUUGCUUUGAAGUGAGAAAUCUUUGUUAUAGGCCACCUGGGACUCAACUUAAUAUUUUAAAUAACAUAAGCUUUUGUCUUCCACAAAAAAGGUUUGGCUUAAUCUUCGGACGGAGUGGCAGUGGAAAAACAACACUGCUGCAGCUACUUGCUGGGCUAAGCAAACCCACAUCAGGUUCCAUUCUUCUACAAAGGUAUGGAGAGGAUGGAUGUCCGAAUCAGCCUCCUGAUUUGUUACCAGCACAGCGAGUUGGUAUUGUUUUCCAGUUCCCUGAAAGGUACUUUCUGGCUGAUACUCUAUUGGAGGAGAUCACAUUUGCCUGGCCAAAUAAAAAGGGGAGUCUUCAAAUGAGGGAAGAUCUUGCUUCAAAUCUUGCACGGGCUCUAAAUUGGGUAGGGUUGAAUGGUGUUCCCCUUGAUAAAGAUCCUCAGUCUCUUAGUGGCGGCUACAAACGUCGACUUGCUCUUGCCAUUCAAUUAAUUCAAGUUCCAGAAUUGUUGAUACUAGAUGAGCCUCUUGCUGGUCUUGAUUGGCAGGCACGAGCAGAUGUAGCAAAAUUACUGAAGCAUCUGAAGAAGGAAUUGACUCUACUUGUUGUGAGCCAUGAUCUUAAGAGAGGAUGUAUUGUGAAACACCCAAAAGAGGAAAUGGUGCACGUAUGGUGAAACAUCCAGAAAAAAAAAGUGGUGCAUGUAUUGUGAAACGAAGGUAGUAUAAUAUAUCUCAAUGAUGAUGCAUGUGCACUUACAUUCUUCGUCGGUUUUGAUCCACUGCUCCGUGGCUGCAUCACCACUUGUGUCUUCCACUGGAAGAUCCAAACCUUUCUGGGUAAUUGCAUCUUGAGGUAGUUUCAUAUCAGUACUAGGGCGCUGUUUUUUCCUUUUCUUGAGAGUGCCCCAACAGCCAGUUCGACUCUUUCCACCACCUUUGAGUACUGAAUCUUCAUAGCUAUUAUUUUUCCUGGUCUCCUGCUUGUCAAAUUUGGCCUCUUUUGCAGCAGAUGCAGCUUUGCUGAUUUCAGGAUGCACUUUUGUGUGGAAAAGCUGAUUGAUCUGUAGAUCGAAAUCUAAGUUAGGUACACUAUUCUUGUCUCCAUGUUAUGUUGGGAUAUAGUCAUUUUAAACAACCAAUGGCUGUUGGGAAAAUGAUUUCCGAUCCCAACUCCCACGUCCCGGUGUGCACCUUACAAAAAUAGAAUCACGUGUGGCUGGAUCAAUCAGAACCAUCAAAUCACGUCUUGUAUCAUGGUCCAUUGUUGUAAAUGCUGAUUUUCCUUGUGAACUCUUAUUAUUUCUUACUUUUUCUACUAAUAAUAGAUUGGAGUGAAUUUUUAAGGCGUUGAAUUACAAAGAACUUUGUAUAAAGAUAAUAUAAUUUUUUGGAAUUAGUAUUCAUUCCUAAACAAUCUA